UCAUUCCUUCCCUCUCCCCGGCAGGAGAAGCACCUCCAGAGGCAAACACCCCGGAAAGGCCACGGGUGACUCCCCUCGUGUGGGCGGCCGGGGAUAAGAGCAGGAUGAGUCCAAAGAAAGAACAGGAGGAGGAAGGAGAUGCCACGGCAGAAGAUGGCCCCGGUUCCCACAGCGCGACAUGGGAGCCCGAACCCCGCCACCUACUUCAGGAGAACCCCACUCAUCCUGAUGCUCUUGAUCGGAGGCGUCAAUGCCUACCACGCCUGGACAUUCUUUGCACCUCAGACCAUCCCUUAUGACAAGCUGGGACAACUGGGCACUUUAACAAAGUAUCUUUUGGAACACUAUAACACUCCUUUGAGAAUAUGGUUUGUGACGAUCUGGAUACUUCAUACUCUGUAUGCAUUUAUUGGUCUCAAAAUUUGCAAGGAGAAAGGCAUCACUGAUCACACAACCCAGGUUCGGUGGUUUGCUCAAACAGUUACGUAUGGAUUAGGCUCCCUGUUCUUCUUGUGGAUUUACAAACCACCAAUGAAAAAGAAAUGAAGGAUUUAAGCAGAAGACAACAUAAAAAC